CGGGGCGCGGCGCUGCCGCCGCUGGCGGGAGCGGCGGCGGGGCGGUGACUGGGUGCGGGUACCCCGGGCCCAGCAGAACCAGCAUCCGAUCCGGCAGCACCGGCAGCGGCCCGGGGACUCCGCGGCGGGCGUUUCUGGCGGCCCGAGCGCCGCGCCCUUCCCCUGCCCCAUGUCGGCGUGGCUCGGCCGGGCGGUGCUGCUGCUAGGGCGGCCGGGGGGCCCCGCUGCCGCCUCACCCUCCUCCUGCCUGGGCUCGCUGCGUGGCCCGCCGCGCUGCUGCUGCCGGCGCCUCCUGGGUAGUCUGCGAGGCGGUGGCGAGGGGCUGCUCCUCCCGCGGGGGCUGCCGCCGCCGCUGCCGCCCGGGCGGGCACUGGGCACCCACCCCAAGGAGCCGAUGGAGGCGUUGAACACGACGCAAGGGGCCCGAGACUUCAUCUACAGCCUGCACUCCACCGAACGGACCUGCCUGCUGCGGGAGCUGCACCGUUUCGAGUCCAUCGCCAUCGCCCAAGCUUCCAAAUAUCCUAAACCAUUGGUACCACUUGAGACGCCAGCGGAGGAGCUAGUAUCACCUGAGAUGACCAGUGAUGAUCUUGAAAAGUUGGAGGUUGCACCCCCAUCUCCAGGACAACUGAGACAUGUGUUCUUCCACAAUGCAUUACCUUUUGUAGGGUUUGGAUUUUUGGAUAAUGCAAUUAUGAUUGCUGCGGGAACCCAAAUAGAAUUGUCAAUUGGAGUUGUCCUAGGAAUUUCAACUAUGGCAGCUGCAGCUUUGGGAAACCUUGUUUCAGAUUUAGCUGGACUGGGUCUUGCAGGUUAUGUAGAAGCUUUAGCUUGUCGACUGGGUCUGUCAAUCCCUGAUCUGACACCCAAACAAGCUGACAUGUGGCAAACACGUCUCAGUGCACAUUUGGGUAAAGCUAUUGGAGUGACCAUUGGCUGCAUUUUAGGAAUGUUUCCUUUAUUUUUCUUUGGCGAUGAGGAAGAAAAACUGGAAGAAAAAAAUUAACCUUUUUACAAGACAUAUACAAAUGUAAACUACUGUACCUCAAUUAUUCAAUUAUGCUGUCAAUAUUUAGGAAUUAACAGACAGUAAAAAAUGUAUAGACUUGGGAACAAAACCUUCAGCAUGUCAUUUUAUGGAAACACUAAUUUAUUGUUGCUUUGCUGUGUUCAGUACUUCUUUUUAUAAGGUACCAUCUAAUUUUUUAUUUAUUGUAAAUUUUGGAAGUGUUUUCACUUAUAGCGAUUGAUGUUUACCACUUUCCCCUUUGACCAUAUUCCUCAAUGGAUUUAUUACUUUAAUAAUGACAUAAUGGAUGACAGAAUCACUCCUUGAGUUCCAUAUUGGUUACUUAACAGUUGUAAUUGCAUGACAAAAAUUUCAUUGCUGUUUGUCAGGUCCUUCAAUGCAGAUUAUUAAGGAAAUCAGUGAUGAGUGAUUUGAAGUCCUUCACGUUGAGAGGUGACUGGUUGCCCCCUCACCAGCCAUCAUUUUGCACUGCCUUAGAUUAGAUAUUUCAGUGAUCUACGACAGUCUUCUUUGCAAUUUUUCCACAAAUUUAAAUGUCUUUGAAUUGCCUUCUGAGAUUACAAUUUUAAUACUUUGUCAAGGUAAGUGUUUCCAGUGUAGGCUCUUUACCAAGUCCAUUUUUAAUGGUGUCUUAACACCUUCUGUACUUCCAUAUUCAUGCCUUUUUUUUUUCUUUCUUGCUUCGUAAAGAAUAUUUUGAGAAUUGAGUUGACAGGUCCUUAAAUUUGUCCUCUGGAGUUUUAAGUGUGGUUAAAGAAUCCAGUAUACUGUUUCAAAACCAGAAACAACUUCUUCUAUUGUUCUGCUAAAAAUAAGGUGUGAUAAGUUGAUUGGGUGGACAAGGCUGGGGAAUACUUCAGGUAUGAAUGAGUGCUGUCAUUGCAAGUUUGUAAUGGGUGGUUCAGUUGAAACAGUGAAGUGUAUCAUUGGUAUGGAUUAGAGGACCUGACUUGUAUAUUGUAGCUUUGCAUUUCAGAUUAAGCCUUAGCCACACUUUUUUUUUUCUGAGACAGUUGAAAAAACAACAAAAAAAAGAAACUUGAGGCCUUUUUUCCUUUUUUGCCUUUUAUUUUUGCACUCUUACUGUAUUAUAGAUCUGAGAGGGCAGUCACCUCUAACUCUGCUUUUUUUGUAUAAUCAUUAAUAAAUUGAUUACAACUAUUACAUAUUCAUAAAAUUUCAGGAUCUGACUUGCCAGUGUUAUAAUUCUAAGUUUCUUACCUGUUUGAAUACUGUUUUGAAAGGACACUUAAAGGAGGCACACAGUCAGGACACUUUGAAAAUUAUAUUGCUUGAAUUGCUAGCACUUCUGAAACCUAAAAAGAAAUGUUCAAACAAACAAACAAACAAAAAAGUUGAGUCCCAUUAUGUCUUUUAUUUGCUAUAGGAAAAGUUUUAUUGUAAUAUGUAAGUUUUACAGAGCUCAUUGCUUAUCUCUUGGUCAUAAAUCUGACUUCUCUGUUCUCAUUUCUAGAAGCCCUGUAACUGCAGUACUGAAACUUUGCCACCAGCCUUCAAUGAAGGUGAAAGUGUUGUAUCUGUUUUUUGAAAAGCAGACUUGGAAAACUUGCAGUGAGUAGUCCUGGUAGCAAGUACUGUACUUUGUACAUUAGCCAUGAGAAUCUGGACCAAAUUGUGAAACUCAAAUAAAUGUCAGCCAUGAAUAGAACAGAAAUGGAGGGGAAUUUUGGCAUGAAUUUUCAAACUUGGAAGCUUUAUUAAAGACCAAAAAAACUCCAACCACACACAAACAAAACAACAUAAAACCAAUCUUGCUAGCAAAUUAUUCACUUUCCCCAACAGGUUUGCUGCUGGUUUACAGUACUUCAGUGAUCAGGUUUUUUCAGCCAUCCACAUAUUUAUCUUGCCUUAAACUCUUAACUUUUCUUCCUCUGCAUGUACUUCUGUAUCUGGUAUGUUUCUAUACAAAGCUGCAAGUAUUUCCCUUUUUUAAAAUGGAAGAACACAUCAAAACAAUUUUGCAUAGGUUUCUUUUUUAGCUGUUUUACAGUAAUUCCAGCACUGUUUUCCAUUAUGAUACUGGCAUCUUCUUUGGAAUCUUCCAGCAGUGGCCAAUCCUCAGUUCUUUGCUGUUGUACCAACUGAACACUCUUUUCAUCACUUCUGUAGAGCUCAUGAGAACAAUCAGAAGGCUGCAUCAGCUGUCAUAGUAGUGUUCAUCUUACAGUGGCAACAGGAAAGACUGUGUACUAUUGUUAUGGAGCUUGUGCAUGUAAGCUGAGUACAUUUUGUUGCUGUAUGUCAAACUGUUGUACUGCAACCAAUGCUUUUACCAAGAACUAAUGAACUAAAAUAUCUUCAAAGAAAUUCAUCAUGUGUCGUCUGGUUAAACUAUUUAGCUGACCACAAAAAAUGUGGAGGGCAAGUGACACAUGGUAAGAAGUCUUGGGUGUUUCAGGCUGUUGUUUGAUACCAUAAUCAAAAAGGUGACUUCUGGGGUUCCAAUAUUUUACAAAUAUGAAUAAGUAGCUAUUUGAGAGGAAUUGUGAGCUCUGCUGAAAUAUGUGAGAAAGUGCUGGUUGGGGCCAAGCAGCCCCCCUGAGAAGAGGAGGGGCAGCUUGCUUUGUCUGGGGGAUCCACUCUUGCAUGGAUGUGGUACUGCUUGGUGUGCUAUGGAAGAUCUGUGCCUGAUCUGUACCCUGCCUCCUCACAUGGAGGGUAGUAUUUUCUGAGGUAUAUAGAUGAAAGUAUUCCCUGAUCCUGUGAUCACACUCCUUUAAAAGCUUACCUUAGAAGACAGAGCACUAACAAAACACUCCUCUUUGUUUUCUGUUGUCCUCUCCCUCCUGGAUAAAAGAAAAAAUAAACAUUACAAGUUCAUUCAGAGACUUCAGUAAUGCUUCAGUUUUUAAUUCUAUCAGUUUAUCCUGUUUUAACAGGAAUUUUUUCAUAAAAGGGCUGGUAGACCUGGAAUUGUGUUUAUUUUUAAACGCUGUCUUUUAUUGUAACUUAAAAUAGAAAUGUAUUUUCCACUGUAUGUUAUCUCUAUGGAUAAAUAACAUGCAUCUGAAAAUAGUUACCCUUGCUAAUAUUUUCUCAUUCAUGUACUUUUACAGAAAUUGUUUUAAUUCAGACAACAUAGUUUGUAUUGUCUUUAAUUAAAUUGUCAAAAUUUCUGUAAACUUUUGUACUGCAGCAAAGCUGUUCUGUGUUUCUUUAUUAGACCAGAUGCUGGAGGGGAAAUGUUAAUAAUAUCCUGUGGGUAUUCAGCCUCAGUUAUACAAAGCAGGGAUUCAUUAUUAAAGUUAUAAGUAGGUGGUCCUUUGUCACUGUUACAGGAGAUACCACCAUGGAGUCUUUUCAUGCUUGGAAGGAAGAGAUUUAAGCAAUUAAAAUAUUUGCAUGGUAAAUUGGUGGUGUUUGUGAUUAAUAUUAGUCAGAAGGCCACUUGCACUUGAACUCUGGAAUUAACUGGGUUUUUAUAUGUAAACCAAGCUGUUUUGAAAUUUUCUGGACUUGGUAGCUCUUUGCUUUUUUUCACUCCUUGGUCAGUCCUUUUGGAGAUGUCUGUCCAUAAAGAAGUGCUGUGAGUAAAGCAUCUGUGCUGGCAUGAUCUCAUCUCAUUUUGACAACCUGUAUAGGCUGGCUGUUAUUUUACUCUAUUCUGAUUGUGAAGUUGAACUCUCCAUUAAUGCUGUUCAGAGAGUCUUACCACACUUGUAGCCAACAUUUUCCUCUUCUCUGUCUAAUGUUUUACAUGGUGCAGUGAGAAGCUGACAGAGCAGCAGUAUAUAAACUGAAGAACUUAAUAAAGUAUUAAGGAAUUACCAUCCUGCUUUGAAAC